GGGAAAUGGAGACGCAGCAGCUCCUGGAUGCCCUGACGGAUCAUAUGGCCGUCUAUCACUGCCGGAAGAGGCAGCUAGAGCGGCAGCAAUCUUCGUCUUCCGGUAAGAGUGAUAGGCACAGGGUCGUGGAAUGGCUCGCUCGAUUGAGCGUUAAAGAGCGGCAGAUUGCUUGCACGAUCGUGGACGAAGCGUGGGUGGCCUUACUCCUCCAAAUGCAGAAGGCUUUGGAGUCGGAGGGCCCCGGAUUCUUCUUCGUGCUCCCGGAUUUUCCUUCGGCCGCCAAAGAUCGGCAGCAAAAUGCGAACUUGUCCAAAAGUUCUCCUCCACUUCCGGGGCUGUGCUUCCGGAAAGCCAGGGGUCUUCUUAAGAGACAGAGCUCUAACGGGGAGCUUCUCGCUACGAGCUUGCGACUCUACAGCUCCCGCGUCGGGGAAGCUUGCAAGGAUUUAGCUGAGAGUAGAAGGCUAUCGUCGCUGGAUAGCGUGACGGUGAGCUACGAGCUUCUCGAGAAUGUGGAGCGGCUGGUGGGAGUUAUGGACGAGAUCUCUUACGGGGAGUUUCUAGCGACGCAGUGUUUGUCGGGUGGUUCUCCGUGGGAAGAAACUCCAUGGCUCAAACGCGUGGGAUACUACAGCCUGUCAGCCUUCGUCGCGAACAAGCUGGAGAUCUCGCUAUGGUCGGCCUGGAUCACUGCUCUUGGGACCAAGCAGCCAUCCAAGUCGCUUUCCCGGUCCCUUGCGCGUUGUGCGUUUGAGACGACCACCACUUCUUCGAAAGUUUGUACCAGGAGACAAGGAUUUGAGCAGUGGUGGAGCACUCUUGACGCGAACGACAGGCGAAAAGCUUGCGAUUUUGCGCUUGCCAAGCUCUCCACCGACGAGGCGCUCAUGGUCCAAGAGCAAAGAAGUUUGCGACUUCCGGAUGGUGGUACUGUAUGCGACAAACAAUUCGGAAGGCUCUGCUCAGGCAUCCAGUUUUUAAACGACUUGAGAUGGACUCUGAGCGAGCGAGUUGUUUACUCGUCUCUUCACGAAGCUCACAGUCACUCGGAGUUGGCUCUUCAAGUUUUGAGAAACACACUGAUGAAGGUGAUGAAGGAUUAUAUGGAGUACGAUCUUCUUGACCAUGGGAACAAAGGCGUUCCUAGGGAAAACUCAGUAGCCAAGAAGAUUCAGGUCAAAGCUCGAAAGAGUAAAAGCAAGAAGCAGAAGAAAAACGUGACUGCUACUCACAGAAGCGAUCCCGUUGAAGACGAGAGCGCACAGCCGGACAAUAUGGAUCGGAUCGGAGAAACUGCAAAAGACAUGGCCGCACUCCAUGUCAGUGAACAGUGCCAAGACUCUGGCUGGGUUCCGGGAAAAAGGAAGAAGAGAAACAAGAAAGUCAAGCAUGACGCUGCAGAAACAUCAGGAAAACAGACGUGUAUUCCUUCUGGAGCGAAGAACACGGAAAAAGCUCAAGGUGUGGAAAACUUCUUGAGCAAAGCUAGCAGUGAAGAGGAAAGCUCUACUAUUGCUGCUACAGAAGGGGUGACGACAGUAGACAUGGCAAAACAGGAGCUUGAGCCGACGACGGAGCGUUCAAGCCAACACCAGAGUGUUCCUUUCCACCUGAAGAACAACCAGGCAUAUCAUCCGCCACCGCCCGUCAUGUCUUCCUCGCACGAGUGGCCUGGAGCACCACAAAGUCGCUUCUCAGAUUCGUGCGGUCGACCACUAGCCACUGAGUGGCUACAUUUGGACGUGAACAGAGACUGGCACCGCUCCAAGCCACCUUUGAUUGCUUAUACUCCUCGGCAAAACGGACAAGUGGACUCCAGAGUGCAAAGAAGCCUUCUCUCGAAAGCGGCAAACGUUAGCUGGGACUGGCCACCGAUGGUUCAACCGGGCUUUGGGAUCGCAUCGCCGUUCGGGUUUACAACACAAGUCAAAGACGAGCCUCCGGGCUUUGUUUCGGUUCCACUGGCUACGAUUGUGACGACGGGUGAUGGUGGCGACGGUGACCAAACAGCUGCGGAUGAUACUGACCGCGAGGAUUUACAUGGAGGUGGAGACUCCGACGAUUAUCUGUGCCGGACCUCCGAAGGCGAGGGUGAUCCUAGACAACUCUACGACACGGACUAUAACCAGUUUUUCGGCGGAGGAGUAAUGUAUUGGACUUCGGCAGAUUACACUGGCAUGGGAUACUCUCGGCCUGGAUCUCUCAGCUCCGAAGACAGUAGCUGGGCUCGCCGUGAGGCUGACUUAACCAUCGUCGUGGACGACAUUGUUGGACUUCCGCCGAUAGCUGCCUCUUACUCGGGUUUAAGUUCCGGUCCGUCAACCGUGGCAUGUACCUCGUCAUCUUCCGGGUCGCUGGACCAUUUUGCCGAAGCUCAGAGUAGUGCUGAGGCCGUGAUGUUUCCGGAGCACAUCCCGCCGCCAGCUCUUCCGCCUAUUGCUGUGCGGGAGCCAAAGAAUUCCAAGCUGGACAGCUCGAAGUGUCACGAGGCAAGAAGUCCUCACGAACCUCGCGGGCGCAGGGAUUUUGUCCGGUGCAAGCGUUCUCCGUCGCCGGUUCUUCGCUGUGUUCCGCCGGCUCCACCGCCACCUCCGCCGUCUCCUAUUGCUGGUGUGAGAAAACGGCGAGGAUUUCCUACUGUUCGUUCGGGAAGCUCUAGUCCACGGCAUUGGGGAGUUUUCAACUGGCCUGACAACCAGCUCAAGUCCUUAACUCCCGAGGGAAUUCUGCCAGCGAACGGAUGGAGGAGGUGCUUUCCUACGGCAGCAAUGCAUCCGUUACUCCGGGAGAGACUUGUUGCGAUUCCCCCUCGGGCCUUGGAGCAAGAACAUCCAGACGUCGCGUUUCCCAUGCAAACGACUUUGCUGCACAAGCAAUAUCCAGCAAUGCCCACUGUCUUGGCCAGGCUUCACAAAGAGAUCGAGGCUUUUUCCUUACAGGUUGCGGCUGAGAAUGCCAAGCGGAAGCCCUUCAUUACUAUUGCGGUGAAGAAAGUCACGCAUGCGCUACAGGUUCUCUGGCCCCGGUCACGGACCAAGGUUUUUGGUUCAAAUGCCACUGGCCUCGCUCUUCCCAACAGCGAUGUUGAUCUAGUCGUGUGCCUGCCUCCCGUGAGAAAUCUCGAACCCAUCAAGGAAGCCGGGAUACUAGAAGGGCGUAACGGAAUAAAAGAGACAUGCUUGCAACAUGCAGCUCGAUAUCUUGCUGACCAGGAUUGGGUGAAGAGUGAUUCCCUCAAGACGAUCGAAAACACAACAAUACCGAUAAUCAUGCUGGUGGCAAAGUGCUUUCCCGAUAGUGUUCUUCCUAUUCAAUAUGCAAGUGACGGGGAGGCCACUGGACAACAUUGGGGAACAAAGGAAGACCGUCAUCUUGUUCGUCUUGACAUCAGUUUUGAGUCAGCGUCGCACUCUGGGCUGCUUACGGCUGAGCUUGUUAAAGAACUUGUCAGCCAGUUUCCUGCAAUCAGUCCGCUGGCAUUGGUACUGAAGCAGUUCUUGAUGGACCGAGGCUUAGACCACCCGUAUACAGGCGGCUUGAGUUCGUAUUGUCUGGUGUUACUCAUCACAAGAUUUCUUCAACACCAAAACCAUCUCGGACGACCUUCACAAGCGCAGAGCUUGGGAAGCUUGCUUAUGGAUUUCCUGCAUUUCUAUGGGUGUGUUUUUGAUCCGCGAAGAAUGUGCAUCUCCAUUCGAGGGGGUGGCAUGUACGUGAAUAGGGACCGACUUCAUGGAAUUGAUCCACUUCACAUCGAAGAUCCGCUGCAUUCUAUGAACAACGUCGGUCGCAAUUGUUUCCGCAUUUUGCAGUGCACAAAGGCGUUUGCAGAUGCUUAUGUAACAAUGGAGAAGGAGCUCGUCUCUAGCACAAGCAAUUCAUCGCUGCUGUCGAGGAUUUUGCUGAGCAUCGUGUGACCCAUACGUCGUGUACAUUAGUCACUGGCGCUUGUGAACUACACGGUACAUAUUUUCUCGAAAGGCUUAUGUAUUUGUGAGUACUUUUGGAACGUCAGGAUUCUUUGCAAGACGUAAGAACAUCAAGAAGCUCAGCCCUUCCGCGUGCAGUACUGCGAGAGAUCUACAUAACGCGUAAGUAGGCUGAGCUUCGAUGGGAGAUUUCUUUUUUCACAUGGUUUGCAAAUCAUCUCAUGGACUGCCAUAGCCGUGUCUCGAGCCAGUGCCGAAAGCCGCUCAAGGCAGCCAUCAUUUGGUUUGGAUGCGAUGGACAAAGGCUUGGGGUGUUGAUGACUUCUUCGCAAACCUGGUGACUUACUCUUGCGAGAGAGGACUCGUCAGGGAACUCGUGACGAGAUGUAUGAUAUGCCUAGACAGAGGUAACAUUGAGAGAAAGAAAGAGUAAAGAAGUAAAAACACAGAAUUCGUUUUCGGGAGAAAGAACUUAUAUUUCACGAGAUCGAUGUUGUGAAGUUCGAAGAUAGAUCCUUUCUUUUUGUGACAUAAUAUUCUGGAUUGCAAAGCACAAAGAACUGUGUAUAUACUUCUUUGUA